UAAUACACCAAAUAAAUGAAAAACAACAAUUUUUUUUAUAAAUUAAAAUUCUUUUUCAAAUAAUGUUACAAAUAAAUUAAUUCUCAUAUAAGUAAGGUUUUAUGAGAAUAAGGUAUUAUUGUUCAGUAGUAAUUUUGAUUCGUGUUUUAUCAAUUUAUUUUGAAAUAAUUACUUACCUAUUUAUAUAUUAGUACUUCAUCAAUUACACUAAAUAAUACAUCAAAAGAAACUAAGUAUCAGUUCUAAAAUCAUAAUAGAUAUAACAAAUGUGUAAUCAUUUCAUUUUGAUUAGAAUGUCUUUGAGAAAUAAACGUUCUUUGACCGAUAAAAUUGGUUCUAACAAAGUUGAAAAUAAUGCACAAGUCACCAAGAAAAGAAAACAUUUGACAAUCAAAUCUGAUGCUAAUGAAAAUACUUCAAAUUCUGAUUGGAAGCCACCAAAUUGGGAAAAGACAUUGGAUAACAUAAGAAAAAUGCGUAAAGAUAAUGUUGCACCCGUAGACAAUAUGGGAUGUGAUCAAGCUGCAGAUCUAAAUGAAUCACCUGAAGUGAUUAGAUAUCAUGUACUAAUAUCAUUGAUGUUAUCGAGUCAAACAAAAGAUGAAGUUAAUUUUGCAGCCAUGCAACGUUUGAAACAGCAUGGCCUGACUGUUGAUAAAAUUUUAGAAAUUUCAGACAAAAAUUUAGGAGAACUUAUUUAUCCUGUUGGAUUUUGGAAGAGGAAAGUUGAGUAUAUCAAGCGUACAACUCGUAUAUUAAAGGACACAUAUAAUGGUGAUAUACCAAGCACAAUAAAAGACCUAUGUCAGUUGCCUGGCGUAGGACCUAAAAUGGCUCAUCUCUGUAUGAGUUGUGCUUGGAAUGAAGUUACUGGAAUCGGUGUAGACACUCAUGUGCACAGGAUAAGUAAUCGUUUAGGAUGGGUAAAGAAAACUACCAAGACACCAGAAAAUACACGUAUAGAAUUAGAAUCUUGGUUACCUAAAGAUCUUUGGCGUGAAGUUAAUCACAUGUUGGUCGGAUUUGGUCAGACUAUAUGCCGACCCAUAGGACCUCAUUGUGCUUCUUGCUUAAACAAAACAACUUGUCCUUCUGCUGUUUUAAACAGCCCAUCAAAAAAAAAAGAUUAACAUUUAUUUUUGAAUAUCCUAUUUCAGCAUUAAUAGAAUCUCAUUAAUACAUAUUGAUUAUCAUUACUUUUCAUUUUUUCAUUGAUUUAUUAAGGUUUUUAUUUAUAUUUUGUAACAAAUUUUGUCAUUAAUAUAUUAUAUUAUAAAUGGUUUA